AGUCCAGGAUGGCAACAUAGAGCGGUGAAGGCGGUGAUAUCAGCAUCUGCGUAUAUGGGAGCCUGUUAUUCCAUGCAAGUUUAGUUUAGACUAGAGUUCAACACUCUAGACACACGCUUAUAAGUGCACAUUGAAAAGAAAUUGAAAAAAAAAUGAAAGUAAAGCGAUCGGAGAUGUGGAGAGCCGGUGUCCUGCUGCUGUUCACUGGCUGCGUAUGCGCGAGUGUGCCGGAGGAACCAGCGGACAGAACGUCUCCAUCUGACGGCUACUGCAGCUGGAUAACGCGGGCACAGCCGCACGGAGCUGGAGGCAGAAGAGAGAGCACCAGUGAAUUCAGGCUGCGAGUGGAAGGAGACCCGGAGCAUUAUCAGCCGGGCAGCACUUACCGAGUAACCCUGUAUGCAACAAACCCUGCAUACUUCAGAGGCUUUACACUUAUCGCACUGAAGGAAGGGCACAAUGGUGACCAAGAGGAGGAUUAUGCUGGAAAUUUCCAGAUAAUCGAUGAGGAAGACACGCAAUUCAUGACAAGCUGCCCACCCGCAGUGACAGAAAGCACUCCACGCAGGAGGACCAGGAUACAAGUGUUCUGGACGGCACCCCCAUCAGGUCAUGGCUGUGUACUGCUAAAGGCUAGUAUUGUUCAGAGGAAGAUCAUCUCAUUCCAGGAUGAGGGCUCACUCACGAAGCGGAUGUGUGAGAAAGAAUCGCUGUAUGGAGAAACCACAGACAAACCCCUGCUGGACUGCUGCGCCUGUGGAACUGCCAAAUACAGAGUCACCUUCUACGGCAACUGGUCAGAGAAAUUGCACCCAAAAGACUACCCAAGGAGAGCCAAUCACUGGUCAGCCCUCAUUGGAGCUUCUCAUUCGAAGAACUAUAUAUUGUGGGAGUAUGGAGGCUAUGCUAGUGAAGGGGUGAAGCAGGUUGCUGAACUGGGCUCACCUGUCAAGAUGGAAGAAGAGAUCCGUCAGAAGGGUGAUGAGGUCUUGACUGUUAUAAAAAUGAAAGCACAAUGGCCGGCGUGGCAACCCCUCAAUGUUCGAGCAGCUCCAUCAGCCGAGUUCUCAGUGGACCGCACACGUCACCUGAUGUCCUUUUUAACCAUGCUUGGUCCCAGUCCUGACUGGAAUGUGGGUCUGUCAUCCGAAGACCUCUGCACCAGAGAGUGUGGCUGGGUCCAGAAGGUGGUUCAGGACCUCAUCCCAUGGGACGCAGGAACAGACAGCGGGGUCUCUUAUGAGUCUCCCAACAAGUCUACAGCACCCCAGGAGAAAAUCCGUCCCCUCACGAGUUUAGAUCAUCCACAAAGCCCUUUCUAUGACCCGGAGGGUGGCGCAAUUACUCCCGUGGCCAGGCUUGUUGUGGAGAGAAUUGCCCGAAAGGGUGAGCAGUGCAACAUUGUGCCUGAUAAUGUGGACGACAUUGUGGCUGACAUUGCCCAGGAGGAAAAAGAAGAAGAUGACACUCCAGAGACGUGUAUCUACUCCAACUGGUCUCCAUGGUCUGCAUGUAGCUCCUCGACAUGUGAGAAGGGGAAGAGGAUGAGGCAGAGGAUGCUGAAGGCGCAGCUGGAUCUCAGUGUGCCCUGUCCACAUACACAAGACUUUGAGCCCUGCAUGGGGCCCGGCUGCAGUGAUGAAGAUUCUUCCACAUGCAUGAUGUCAGAAUGGAUCACGUGGUCCCCAUGCAGUGUUUCGUGUGGCUCAGGCUUGCGUUCAAGAGAGCGAUAUGUAAAGCAAUUUCCUGAUGAUGGCUUUGCUUGCACUCACCCCACUGAAGAGACAGAACCCUGCACUGUAAAUGAGGAAUGUUCUCCGAGCAGCUGUCUGGUUACAGAAUGGGGUGAAUGGGAUGCAUGCAGCGCCACCUGUGGGCUUGGCAUGAAAAGACGAGAGCGAAUGGUGAAAAUGCCUCCAUCUGAUGGCUCCAUUUGUGGGGCUGAAGUGGUGGAAGUGGAGAAGUGUAUGAUGCCAGAAUGCCAUACAAUCCCGUGUUUACUGUCCCCGUGGUCAGACUGGAGUGAUUGCAGUGUAACGUGUGGUAAAGGCACACGGGUACGUCAGCGGAUGCUUAAAUCAGCAGUGGAGUUGGGAGAAUGCAAUGAGGAUCUGGAGCAGAUGGAGAAAUGCAUGUUGCCAGAAUGUCCAAUGGACUGUAUAAUGUCAGAGUGGUCUGAAUGGUCCGAGUGCAGCAAGUCCUGUGGAAAGGGUCACUUGCUCCGUACACGCAUGAUCACUCUGGAGCCUCAGUUUGGAGGAGAUCCAUGCCCUGAGGUCACACAAAGAAAAACGUGCAAGAUAAAGAAGUGUAAUCAAGGGGCUGGAAACAACGAUGAGAGGAAGAGACGCAAAGAAGACCGCAAGAAGAGGAGGAACAAACAGGCAGGAGAAGAAACUGCAGAUGAGCUUGCAGGAUGCAAAAUGAAGUCGUGGUCUGGAUGGACUGACUGUACCAAGUUAUGCGGGGGAGGCAUCCAGGAGCGGCUCAUGACGGCCAAGAAGAGAUUUAAGAACGCACAACUAACAAGCUGUAAAGACCGAAAGGAGAUUCGUGCCUGCAAUGUCCAUCCCUGCUAGGGCUGUACUGCAUGGGCUUGAUGGACGCGACCCAAUCUAAAUUAUGAACAGACUAUGACGCACUGUUUUGCAGUAAUUUAAAGCACUAUGUCCGGUGGUUGGAAAGCUGCAACAGCUAGUCUGUUAUUUUUACUUUUAUUUUAUAGAAUUUAUAGUGACCCAGGCCUGUAAAUGGGUGGGAAAGGAAGGGGGAAGAUGCUUAGAGUUGCAAUGUGCUGUACAAAUUCAGAUGUAUUAAUAUGCAUUAAUAUUUGAGAAUAACAGCCCUUUGAAAAGCUUUGAAGAGGGGAGUUACUUUUGAAGAUUGAUUUUUCACAAGCAGGACCGUGGCAUAUUAAACAUUAAUGUGUUUUGACAGGAAAUGCAAAACAAAUUUCUCCUUUUAUACUCUGUGAUCCAAACAAACACACACACACACACAUUCUGAAACUAUAAUUUCCUCAAAAGGAAUGACAUUUGCAAAAGCAAGGUCACAAGAGUCAAAGACUUCAAAGACUUAUCUACUUUCUUUUUUUAUUUAAGACAUGAACAGGUCAGAGAAAACAAAAC